CGGUUACGUUCUAAAUCGCCAACACGCAGAUGCUACAAUCUACGAGCCUCGAAUCAAGUUUAAAACGAUUCUGAGGGGGAACAAAAUAAUAACAACUCGGUCAGUUAUUUGGGAAAGGUAUAAACACUCUGGACUUUCUACAUUCUGCAACGCCAAGAUCUCCACAGAGUACAGAUGCCUGUAGCUGUAGGACCGUAUGGACAGACACAGCCGAACUGUUUCGACAGAGUCAAAAUGGGCUUCAUGAUGGGUUUUGCAGUCGGAAUGGCUGCUGGUGCCAUGUUUGGAACUUUCUCCUGCCUCAGAAUUGGAAUGAGAGGUCGAGAGCUGAUGAGUGGAGUCGGAAAGACCAUGAUGCAAAGUGGGGGUACAUUUGGGACCUUCAUGGCCAUUGGCAUGGGUAUUCGAUGCUGACACUGCUGUUCACUUUACUUGACUCUGGAUUCCUUUCAUAUAUUCAGAAUGCCACACGUCUGAGUUUCUGUAUUUAAAAUUGUAAUUAAAAACACUU